AUGGCGGCACCCAAGUCGGUGGUCGAAGGCAGCGUCGCUCCACUGGAGGCUCAAACGUCCUCCCGAAAGCAAGUGAACAAGCGCUUCGAGAUGCCCGGCGCCUUCCAGACGCUGCUGUCGCUGCUUCGCAGCAAGAGGGCCGACACGCGCCAGGACAUGUCCUGCCACGCGUUCGUCGAGAGAAGCCUGCAGCUGGCGCCCUCCUUCGAGGCCAUCCUCGAGAAGAAGUACGAGGCUGGAAUGCGCACAGUCGACCUGAAGGACGAACCGGACAGCGUCCGCGAGCAGGUGAACUCGACGGUCGAGAAGGACACGUGGGGCGCCAUACCGCAGCUGCUGGUCACCGGAGUCACCGACCACGACACGAGGAUCGUCCUCUGCGACUCCAUCUACAUCAAGGCCAGCUGGGACACCGUCUUUCCCGCUUCCGCUGCGGCGACCGAGAAGCACCCGUUCAACGUGAGCACGAGCCGGUCAGCGAGCGGAGGAGGCAGUGCUGCCGCCUCGGGCUCGGACCGCGGGCCCGAGCUGAUCCGCAUCUCGGGGGUGUACCGACACUGCCGGGACGCAGAGAACAAGCUGCUCGCCGUCGAGGUUCCCCUGCGCGGAGGUCAGCUAAGCCUGUUGCUUUUCUUGGCGGACAACGCGCCCAGCCUGCGCCGAUUCCACAAGCACCUGUCCCUUGACCUCUACGAGAGAAUGCUCGACAAGCUACAGGACACCGGCGAGCGGAUAUCGGUGCUGGUGCCCAAGAUGCACCUGGAGGAGACGGUGCAGCCCGCGUACGUGCUGAAGCACAUGGGCUUCACCGACCUGUUCGACGAGCACGCCAACCUGGCCGGCGUCGGCCACAACCUGUUCGUCUCGGACAUCAUCCACAAGGUGACGCUCACGCUGGACUCCACGGGUGUCACGGCUGCCACCGCGGUGUCCCUCUCGCUCACAAACUUCUACACCGAGGAGCUACCCAAGGCGUACCGCGACGCGGCCAACAGCCGUCCUUUCAUCUACAUCCUCAAGACGCAGGAGACGGACCUCAUACUGUUCGCGGGCGCCGUACAGGACAUAUGACGCGCCCGGUGGUCGUGCACGCGGUGUAUACCGUGGGUGCAUCCUCAGUGGUGGCGCCCCUCUAGUGCAAGGUGGCGCCCCCUGGGCAACCGUCGCUCCGCAACGGAGCGUUGGGCUUCGCGAAGUGGCGACAUGGCUGUGGCG